AUGUUCUCUGUGCACAGCUGGAUUGUGGGAGUGCUGUGGCUGUGGUGGAGGUCAACUGGAUCAUCCGUGGCAUUUCAUGAGGGGCGAGUGAGGUUGUCUGGAGGGAGCAAGUGUCAGGGGGAGGUGGAGAUUUAUUUCAGGCAGGACUGGAGGAGAGUUCUCCUGGACUCGUGGAGUCUGUCUGAGGCGUCUGUGCUCUGCAGACAGCUGGGCUGUGGCUCUGUGCUGAACUACCGCUCCUCUCCAUCCACCACUGAACACAAACACAUGUGUGUAACGGGUUUCAGCUGCUCUGGGACUGAAGCUCAUCUGGGGAACUGCAGCAGUACACAACCUGUCAACUGCAGCUCUGGGGAACAGCUGUACAUCACCUGCUCAGCCCCCAGGUCCAUCAGGCUGGUUGGUUCUGGUGGAGACUGUGCAGGAAGGCUGGAGGUUUUCCACAGCGGCUCAUGGGGGACAGUGUGUGAUGACUCGUGGGAUAUUGAGGAUGCACAGGUGGUGUGCAGACAGCUGCAGUGUGGAGAGGCCCUCAGUACCCACAUACCGGCCUGGUUUGGUCCUGGAACUGGGCCUGUAUGGCUGAAUGAGGUGGAGUGUGAGGGGAAAGAGACGUCCCUGUGGAACUGCAGAUAUCAGCUGUGUGAAGAGGGUGAAUGUGGACACCAGGAGGAUGUAGGAGUCGUGUGCUCAGGUACAAGAAUGAGCCAGCUGCAGGGGGGCUGGUCCCUCUGCUCUGGGGGGUUGGAGGUGUAUCAUAACGCUACGUGGGGCUCCAUUUGUGAUGAUCAGUGGAACAUCAGGAACGCUCAGGUGGUGUGCAGACAGCUGGGCUGUGGGUCGGCGCUGAGAGCUGAGAGGAAUGUUACUGGUUCUGGUGAAGAGACGAUCUGGCUGAACAGAGUGAAGUGUCGAGGGGAUGAGAUUCACCUGUGGGACUGUCAUCAUUCCCUGAAGAACCACACUGACUGCUCUCAUGCUGGAGUCACCUGUGCAGGUCACACAGGGGCGCGGCUGGUGAAUGGACCGGACUCCUGUUCCGGUCGAGUGGAGCUCCAGUACCUCAGUGAGUGGGGCACAGUUUGUGCUGUAAGCUGGGAUAUGAGAGCUGCAGAUGUUCUCUGUGCACAGCUGAAUUGUGGGACUGCUGUGGCUGUAGUGGAGGUCGACUGGUUUGGGGAGGGGAUUGGCCACAUCUGGGCUGAUGUGUUUGAUUGUCAGGGGAAUGAGACACACCUCUCACAAUGUGGCAUCUCAUCAUGGAGUCGAGCUGCAUGCUCUCAUCAACACGAUGCUGGAGUCAUCUGUAAUGGAUCAUCCAUGGCAUUUCAUGAGGGGCGAGUGCGGUUGUCUGGAGGGAGCGAGUGUCAGGGGGAGGUGGAGAUUUAUUUCAGGCAGGACUGGAGGAGAGUUCUCCUGGACUCGUGGAGCCUGUCUGAGGCGUCUGUGCUCUGCAGACAGCUGGGCUGUGGCUCCGUGCUGAACUACCGCUCCUCUCCAUCCACGACUGAACACAAACACAUGUGUGUAACGGGUUUCAGCUGCUCUGGGACUGAAGCUCACCUGGGGAAAUGCAGCAGUGCACAACCUGUCAAUUGCAACUUUGGAGAAGAGGUGUACAUCACCUGCUCAGGUAAGUUUAACCCAGACCCCAGGUCCAUCAGGCUGGUUGGUUCUGGUGGAGACUGUGCAGGAAGGCUGGAGGUUUUCCACAGCGGCUCAUGGGGGACAGUGUGUGAUGGCUUGUGGGAUAUUGAGGAUGCACAGGUGGUGUGCAGACAGCUGCAGUGUGGAGAGGCCCUCAGUACCUACAUACCAGCCUGGUUUGGUCCUGGAACUGGGUCCAUAUGGCUGAAUGAGGUGGAGUGUGAGGGGAACGAGACGUCCCUGUGGAACUGCAGAUUUCAGCGGUGUGAAGAGGGUAAAUGUGGACACCAGGAGGACGUAGGAGUCGUGUGCUCAGAGUUUAAAGAGAUCCGACUCACGGAGGGCUGUGAGGGAAAUCUGGAAGUGUUCUACAAUGGAACCUGGGGUAAUGUGUGUCACAAUCAGAUGGAUGAUGAGACAGUAAACAUGGUGUGUCGAGAGCUGAACUGUGGAAGACGUGGCAGUCUGUCAAACACUGCAGCGAGAGUAAAAUCUGCUCCGAACUGGCUUGAUAAUCUGAAGUGUAGGAAACACGACUCUAAUCUUUGGCAGUGUCCAUCUUCACCCUGGGGACAGAACAGCUGUAAUAAUCUUAAUGAGGUAGCUCAUAUUACCUGUACAGGUGGGUGGAUUCAGACUUCUGGUUCUGUCCAUUGCCAUAAACUGCAAUGUUUCAUUUGCUCUUCAUUUCCCUCUCAGAAACAUUGCUCAAAGCGCUGGUCUCUCAGGCUGAGGGGAGAUAAGGGAAGCUGCUCUGGGAGGUUGGAGGUGUAUCAUAACGCUACAUGGGGCUCCAUUUGUGAUGAUCAGUGGAACGACAGGAAUGCUCAGGUGGUGUGCAGACAGCUGGGCUGUGGGUCGGCGCUGAGAGCUGAGAGGAAUGUUCCUGGUUCUGGUGAAGGGACAAUCUGGCUGAACAGAGUGAAGUGUCGAGGGGAUGAGAUUCACCUGUGGGACUGUCAUCAUUCCCUGAAGAAACGCACUGACUGCUCUCAUGCUGGAGUCACCUGUGCAGGCAGUGUGAGGUUGGUGAAUGGUGGAAGUCGCUGUGCUGGGAGAGUGGAGGUUCUUCAGGAUGGUCAGUGGGGAACAGUGUGUGGUGUUGGCUGGGAUCUGAACGAUGCUGCAGUGGUGUGUGGAGAGCUGGGCUGUGGGGAGCCUGUAAAUGCACCACAAUACGGUUACUUUGGACCGGGAUCAGGACCAAUCUGGCUGGUUGGUGUGCAGUGUAGAGGAUCAGAGUCGACACUGAAGAACUGUAGAUCAUAUGGGAGGGGGGAACAAUAUGGCUGUCAUCACGGUGGUGAUGCUGGAGUCACCUGUUCAGGUCGGGGUUCGAGACUCUCUGCUGGUCCUCACCGGUGCUCUGGGAGAGUGGAGGUGUUUCAUGGAGGUUCCUGGUCCACAGUGUGUGAUGCUGACUUUGACCAGCAGGAUGCAGAGGUUGUGUGCAGAGAGCUGGGCUGUGGGAUUCCUGUGGAGGUGCUGGGAUCAGCUGCUUUUGGCCGAGGGGAGGGUCAGGUGUGGACAGAGGAGCUUCAGUGUAGAGGAAACGAAUCUGAGAUUACCUUCUGUCCAACAUCAUCUUCACUCAAACACUCAACCUGUUCCCAUGACAACGAUGUGGGAUUAAAAUGUUCUGCUCACACAGGGGCGCGGCUGGUGAACGGACCGGACUCCUGUUCCGGUCGAGUGGAGCUCCAGUACCUCAGUGAGUGGGGCACAGUUUGUGCUGUAAGCUGGGAUAUGAGAGUUGCAGAUGUUCUCUGUGCACAGCUGGAUUGUGGGAGUGCUGUGGCUGUGGUGGAGGUUGAUUGGUUUGGAAAGGGGAGUGGCCUCAUCUGGGCUGAUGUGUUUGAUUGUCAGGGGAAUGAGACACACCUCUCACAAUGUGGCGUCUCAUCAUGGAGUCGAGCUGCAUGCUCUCAUCAACACGAUGCUGGAGUCAUCUGUAAUGGAUCAUCCGUGGCAUUUCAUGAGGGGCGAGUGCGGUUGUCUGGAGGGAGCGAGUGUCAGGGGGAGGUGGAGAUUUAUUUCAGGCAGGACUGGAGGAGAGUUCUCCUGGACUCGUGGAGUCUGUCUGAGGCGUCUGUGGUCUGCAGACAGCUGGGCUGUGGCUCCGUGCUGAACUACCGCUCCUCUCCAUCCACCACUGAACACAAAUACAUGUGUGUAACGGGUUUCAGCUGUUCUGGGACUGAAGCUCAUCUGGGGAACUGCAGCAGAGCACAAAAUGUCAGCUGCAGCUCCGGGGAACAGCUGUACAUCACCUGCUCAGACCCCAGGUCCAUCAGGCUGGUUGGUUCUGGUGGAGACUGUGCAGGAAGGCUGGAGGUUUUCCACAGUGGCUCGUGGGGGACAGUGUGUGACGACUCGUGGGAUAUUGAGGAUGCGCAGGUGGUGUGCAGACAGCUGCAGUGUGGAGAGGCCCUCAGUACCCACAUACCAGCCUGGUUUGGUCCUGGAACUGGGUCCAUAUGGCUGAAUGAGGUGGAGUGUGAGGGGAACGAGAUGUCCCUGUGGAACUGCAGAUUUCAGCGGUGUGAAGAGGGUGAAUGUGGACACCAGGAGGACGUAGGAGUCGUGUGCUCAGAGUUUAAAGAGAUCCGACUCACGGAGGGCUGUGAGGGGAAUCUGGAAGUGUUCUACAAUGGAUCCUGGGGUAAUGUGUGUCACAAUCAGAUGGAUGAUGAGACAGGAAACAUGGUGUGUCGAGAGCUGAACUGUGGAAGACGUGGCAGUCUGUCAAACACUGCAGCGAGAGUAAAAUCUGCUCCGAACUGGCUGGAUCAUCUGAAGUGUAGGAAACACGACUCUAAUCUGUGGCAGUGCCCAUCUUCACCCUGGGGACAGAACCGCUGUGAUAAUGGUGAUGAGGUGGUUCAUAUUACCUGUACAGGUGGGUGGAUUCAGGCUUUUCUGCUUCUGUCCGUUGCCAUAAACUGCAAAAAGUGCUCUUCAUUUCCCUCUCAGAAACAUUGCUCAAAGCACUGGUCUCUCAGGCUGAGGGGAGAUAAGGGAAGCUGCUCUGGGGGGUUGGAGGUGUAUCAUAACGCUACGUGGGGCUCCAUUUGUGAUGAUCAGUGGAACGUCAGGAACGCUCAGGUGGUGUGCAGACAGCUGGGCUGUGGGUCGGCGCUGAGAGCUGAGAGGAAUGUUCCUGGUCCUGGUGAAGGGACGAUCUGGCUGAACAGAGUGAAGUGUCGAGGGGAUGAGAUUCACCUGUGGGACUGUCAUCAUUCCCUGAAGAAACACACUGACUGCUCUCAUGCUGGAGUCACCUGUGCAGAGUUUAAAGAGAUCCGACUCACGGAGGGCUGUGAGGGGAAUCUGGAAGUGUUCUACAAUGGAACCUGGGGUAAUGUGUGUCACAAUCAGAUGGAUGAUGAGACAGUAAACAUGGUGUGUCGAGAGCUGAACUGUGGAAGACGUGGCAGUCUGUCAAACACUGCAGCGAGAGUAAAAUCUGCUCCGAACUGGCUGGAUCAUCUGAAGUGUAGGAAACCCGACUCUAAUCUGUGGCAGUGUCCAUCUUCACCCUGGGGACAGAACCGCUGUGAUAAUGGUGAUGAGGUGGUUCAUAUUACCUGUACAGGUGGGUGGAUUCAGACUUUUCUGCUUCUGUCCGUUGCCAUAAACUGCAGUGUUUCAUUGUGA